AUGGUACACCAUUCCGCUUGGACAGUUGACAAGCACACAAAGGACAAAGGAAAUAUGAUCGAACCUGGGAAGAAUGAAAACAGAGAGCUGAAUUCGGAGUCUAUACACUCGGAAUUAGAGCCAGACCAAGCAUUUAUCUCCAAUGAUUACGAAACAGGUGUUCUUUGUUCUGGAAUUGAAGACUAUAUGGAGUACGAGCUUCUCAACUCUGAUGCAUCGACCUAUGACGAGGGGUCAAUCUCAAGUUCUAAUGAUGAAGAUGAGAUAGAAGGUAUUGUUGUCCUUGACGAACGAGAAGUCGAUACAGACAACGGCAAAAAAAGCCAGUUCCUUGUGGAGUGUUGGAUUGAUAAAAAGCAUUUCGAGUUGUUUUCUGAAUUGAUGAGAAUGUCGUAG